GCUAAAUGCAAACGUUCAUUUUGUAAAUACUGUCUCGCUUUUCUAACUAUAAUAUUUGUGAACCUAUGGUAUUAUAAAUGGUUAAAGUUCACCAGUCUUCAGUGUGUUACAGCAGGAGAUCAGUGAUGUGCUUCAGCUGUCCAUAAGACAUGGCCUCACAGAUAGACCUGCUCGCUCACCCCAAACCAAACCUGCUUAAAUUCCCAGACAGGCGCUCAGUAUACUGGCUUGAUGAACUUCCAGCGGAGUCGAAGAAGAACACGACGACUUUUGAAAUGACUUCUCGCUUGGAGCAGCUCGCCCAGAACAAACAAGCGGGCCAUUUCUUUGAGAACAGAAGAUCAUCAGAAUGGGUGGUUAGUGCUGCCGCGCUGAAAGCACGUCCUUCUCAGAGAAUCUGUUCUCUGGCAUUGCCCCGUGAACCCGCUGAAGGCUGGCAGCUUGACCGCCAGCUGCUGGUCCCUUGGAGUGUUGCAGUUCAAACUGUCAGAGCAAGCCCAAGGAUCUGUCAAUUGGCGCAGCCAAAAAGGAUGAAGAUGAUGUCGAACGGCUUCAGUGCUGAAUCAAGUGGCCACACAGUUACUGUUCCCACGGUGACACCAUCCGCACGUUUACUGCAUUUGGCCUCUCCUAAACAGGUCCAUCCACAGCACGCUCUUGACCGGCCGGUGUCUUGGCCGAUUCCAAAUCACAUUCUGAAGACCUCAGCUAGCGAGAGACUGCACCUUCUGGCUCGACCGAAGACUCGCCAGGCCCUGUUUGAAGCGUAUGACCCUUACAGCAUCAGUCCUGCUGCCCGGGCGGCCACUGCUUCUCCCAGACUGCUGGAGCUUUCUUUACCAUUACCACGGAAAUGUAAAACCUAAUACACGCCGUUCCUUCAUCUGAAUGAAGUACAAACAGUACAUAAUCAGUCUGUGUCAUUUAAAAUGUAAUGUGAUUUCUAACAUUUAAACAUGCUCUUCAGUCAGUAUAGCUAGAAUAAACAGGUACUGUGUCCUUGUCAAAUAAGCAAUGCACACACAAAGGCUCUGUGUUUGCUGUCAGGUUUAAUGAAAAUCUUUUAUUAAAUAUGUUUUUUAUUAUAAGACACCUUUAUUGAAAGUCAUUGUUUUUACCUUUGUGUGCUGUUGGAAACAUUUCCCAUCUUAAAUAAAAUGAGGUAAUACUUCUUUAUAUAGACUUUCUACUACAGGCUGCUACAGAUCUAAAUUUCUCCCUAAAGGCAAAAGAUGUGUUUCCCCUUUUGAGCCGCUGAUAAAGAUCACUGAAUAAACAAAGGGCGUGACCGGAAUUCCCCUGCAAUAUAUAAAUCCAUCUUUGUCACAUUUCAUUUAUUUCAAUUGAACGUGUCUAUAGUUUAUCAAAAUAUCCCCUUGAUUCUUUGUAAAUGAACAAACUUCAAAGAAAUCUUAAUUGUUUCUCAAUCAAUUCCCUUUAGGGAGAAUCUCUUUAUUGACCCGGAUCAAUGUCAAGGGUUUGUUUUGGCGAUCAAUAAAAUGGAAAAAGUUCUUAUAAAUUGUACAAAUGAGAAGGGGGGUCUGCUUUUCUGUUUAAUAAUUUUGGAUCCUCUGAACAGUCGGUGUUAACACACAUUUAAGAGACUGUUAAUGACUCACAAUAAUUUGACUGUUUUUCCUUCAGGGCUUUCUUGAGCUGCCAGUGUGUGUUUUGUGUUUGUUGAGUGUAUUGUGUGUGUAAGUGUUUCUUCAUUAAACUAUAUGUGAUGAAUGAGCCAAUGGUUACUUCAUGGCUAAACAGAGA